AAUAGUAUAUUAAAAACAGAGAGAGACCAUAAACAAAAAGUACAGACAAAGUGAUUGCCAAGCUCCUUUUUUUUUUUUGUUUGGUGCUCUUGAGGCCAAAUGCUCCACUCGAGAACUCAACUCCAUUGUUUCUGGCCAAGCUCCUUGUCUCUCCUGUCCUAGAAAGACCUACCCUUCUGCUAAAGCUCCAAGCAGUGCUCUAUAUUUGAAGGGCAUUUCUUCAUCGCCAAGUAAGUUGAGAUGGAGGGGGAAAAAUUCGUUCUUUUCAGCAAAGAUCUAUUCUUUUUGCAGUUUUUGCUGUGAUUUUACUUGUUUUUCGGAACAUUGUCACCUGCUAGAUCUGUAAGUUUUGCUUGGGAUUCCGAAAUGAACUGCUUUCUAGAGCUUUGGAAUGUGCUUUUGUGAUUGUUGGGCUUUUCUUUGUGUUGCUCUUGUGCCUUGUUCAGUGGCCAUAAGAGAGAAGGGGAAUCCGUAAGGAUAUACGUCCCUAAAAGGUGGAAUUUUGUUCAAGGUUGUGGUGGAAAGGGUUUUCAUCUUCUUAGAUCUUGUUUACAUUCCAGACCUCGAUCUCUUUUGUUGUUUAAAAAUUCCUCAUUUUUUUUUUUGCAUGGGUGUUGCUGUUUGGGUUGGCUUUGUUUUGAACAACAGCAGAACUGAUGAACUACUGGGAGGUAAUUCAGGGGUUUUCCUUUCCUUUCUAUUGCUGCAUUGUUCAGCUCUGAAAGCUUUGUGGAAAAGUUGAAGUUCGGAAGAGUAGGGUCCUUGUUUUUCUGGUUUAAUGGUGCUUCUUUGAAGAAUUCUGGAGACAUUUUAAAGGGCCUUAGAAGCUUGCUUGCUAAUUAUAGUGGGAAAUUCCUGUGGAUGCCGAGUGACAGCUAAAAUUGUAUUCCUUGAAGAUGAAGUUUCUCAGGCUGCUUCUUAUGGGACUUGCAUCUACUUUGCUACAAAUCGCACAAGCUCAGGCGAAGCCGUUUCUGAUUAACUGCGGUUAUAAUUCUAGCACAGAUGUCGACAAUAGGAAUUGGGUUGGAGACUUGACCUUUGGUAAUAAUUUCACGCUGAGUUUUCCUGGAAUUAUUGCAUCAACUACCACAGUCAAUGAGGAAUCUGGCUACCAAUCUUUGUAUAGAACUGCCAGGAUAUUUAACAUGACAUCGUACUACAACUUCAGUGUAUUUUCAGGGAAUUAUUGCAUAAGGCUUCAUUUCUAUCCCUUCUCAUUUGAAAAUUUUAAUGUCAAUGAGUCAGUAUUUGAUGUAACAGCUAAUGAGCUGAAGUUGGUUUCCAAGUUCAAUGUCCCUGGAGAGAUCUCUUGGAAGAACAUGAAGAGCAAUUUGGUGGUCGCUUCUCUAGUUAAAGAGUAUUUUCUUAAUGUCAGUUCGAAUGAGCUGAAUAUUGAGUUUGUUCCCAACUCUGGAUCGUUUGCCUUUGUGAAUGCAAUCGAGGUCAUCCCGGUUGGUGGUAACUUGUUUGUUGACUUGGUGAACAAAGUAGGAAGCAAUGGUUUAAAGACCUCUCUGAGUAUGAACGACCGAGGAAUUGAGACUAUGUAUAGGUUGAAUGUGGGGGGACAUGGACUUAAUUCAAGCGAAGACCAAGGCUUGUGGAGAAAGUGGGAGUCUGAUGAGAAAUUUGUGUUUUCUUUGAACGCGGCAACCACAAUCAGUAAUGCUUCAAAUAUAAGCUAUGUCUCGAGCAAUGAUUCUCUCAUUGCACCCCUCAUGGUUUAUGAAACAGCAAGGAUGAUGACCAAUAGUGAAGUUGUUGAGAAAAGAUUCAAUGUAUCAUGGAGAUUCGAUGUGGACCCCAACUUUGACUACCUUGUCCGGCUACACUUCUGCGAGCUGUUAUAUGAUAGAGCAAAUGAGAGAGUUUUUAGAAUCUACAUUAAUAACAAGACAGCAGCUGAGAACUAUGAUGUCUUUCUGAGGGCAGGGGGGACGAACAAAGCUUACCAUGAAGACUAUGCUGAUCUGGUUCCACAACAGGUAGACACUCUUUGGCUUCAGCUUGGUCCUGAUUUGUCGACUACUGCUUCAGGUACUGAUGCACUUUUGAAUGGAGUGGAGAUCUUCAAGCUGAGCAGGAAUUGGAAUUUGGCUCAUGCUUCAGAAAGGAUCACCGGUGAGGAAGGUUUGUCUGAUAAGCAGCCAGAGAAAGGUCUUUGGGAAGCCAUCGGUGUCGGUGGCGUCUCUGUUGUUACCAUCUCUAUAGUGUGUACACUUUUCUUUUUCUGCAUUCAGAAGAAGAAAGCAACUUCUGUUAAGGAGAAUCCUCCCGGGUGGCACCCACUUUUCCUUCAUGAGACUAUGGGAAGCACCACUGAUGCCCGGGUAUCUAAAUUGCCUGUAACCAAUAUUGUUCCAUCAGCUUCUAAUAGAAUUGGAAGAAGAUUUGCAUUGUCAGAGAUUAGAGCAGCGACGAGGAACUUUGAUGAGUCCUUGGUCAUUGGAACUGGAGGUUUUGGCAAGGUCUACAAGGGUGAGAUUGAGGAGGGGAAUAUGGUAGCAAUCAAGCGGGCCCAUCCACAAUCUGAGCAGGGCCUAGCAGAAUUUGAAACAGAAAUUGAAAUGCUUUCAAAGCUCCGGCACCGACAUCUUGUCUCAAUGAUUGGAUAUUGUGAAGAGCAACAAGAGAUGAUCUUGGUUUAUGAGUAUAUGGCAAACGGCACACUAAGAAGCCAUCUCUACGGAAGUGCUCUCUCAGCACUUACCUGGAAGCAGCGGGUAGAAGCAUGCAUUGGUGCUGCUCGUGGACUUCACUAUCUUCACACUGGGGCAGAGAGAGGUAUUAUACACAGGGAUGUUAAGACAACUAACAUUUUAUUGGAUGAGAACUUUGUUGCAAAGAUGGCAGACUUUGGGUUGUCUAAAGAUGGUCCGGCAUUUGACCAUACCCAUGUCAGUACUGCUGUGAAAGGAAGCUUUGGAUACCUGGAUCCUGAGUACUUUCGAAGGCAGCAGCUAACUCAAAAAUCAGAUGUCUAUUCUUUUGGGGUGGUGUUAUUUGAAGUUGUAUGUGCAAGGCCUGUAAUAAACCCAAGCUUGCCCAAGGAUCAAAUAAACUUAGCUGAAUGGUCACUCCGAUGGCAACGUCAGCGGUCGCUUGAGACGAUUGUGGACCCCCGGUUGGAAGGAGCUUACUCAUUGGAAUCCCUGAAGAAGUUUGGGGAGAUUGCGGAGAAAUGCCUUGCUGAUGAGGGGAAGAACCGGCCUACAAUGGGCGAGGUAUUGUGGCAUCUAGAAUAUGUCUUGCAACUAAAUGAAGCAUACAAGCGAAGUGGAGAUCAGGAGUCUUUUGGAAGCAGUGAGCUGGGAUUUGCUGAUUUGUCUUUCGGUCUCCCACAUAUUAUAGAGCAAGUAGAUGAUGCUUGUUCAAAACCAUUGAACAUCAAAGAAAAUGCUGUAGAGUCAAUAGGAGAGGAUCAUUGUUUGGAAGACACCAUUAGAGUUGUUGAUUGCUCCCAGCUGGUUAACCCUCAGGGAAGUUUAUUCAAUUAAUCGGACUACGUACACCUGUGUUUGCGAUGUAAAGGAUAUGCUUUUGGUGACAAGAAAAUGUAAAAUUACCAUGAUAGAGACAGAGCAAAAAGAGCACCUAAUCAUCAUCCCUCUCCAGAUAGGAUAAUACAAUGUGGUCUCGGCUCAUUGUGAAUUAUUUUGAAUUUCAAACCAACGCAAAUUUGGAAAGCGGUCAUCCUUACCACUUCAUAAUUUAUCUGGCAAUAGGAAGACUUGUCUGCUUGCAUGAGCACAUAAAUUUUAUUAGUGGCAUUGCUGAUGCCAACUUCAGUGAUGAUUUCCACUUAUUUUUCAUGUCUAUACAUAUCAAAGCACUCUAAGACUACUAUUUGAUGGAGUUGAUGUCAUGGAAAUAAGUAAAAAUUUCACAGUACAAUUGCUGAACUUCAUCGAUUUCUGAGCUUUAUAUAAAAUUUUAUAGUGACAAACUCUCCAUAACUAAGUUGUGCUUAGAUGGUGGCUUUCAAUUACUCUUAUUUUCUUGCUUGAGAGGGAGGGGACAUGAGAAUUAUUUAGUAUAAAGGUACUAUGUAUAAUGUGGAACAAUUAGAAUUUUGAGUUCAUUCAAAUGCUUGUUGAUGCAUGUGAUUAGGGUUUGGAUAGGGUGGGUUUGGAUAAAUCCCACCCCAUCUAUGCCCCAUGCCAUCUUCUCAUUAGUCCUACUGUGGUCAGAAUUGAAACCUUAACUGCUUAGAAAGAAUUUUCUGAAUCUAAUGAACUGGACACAUGGCGAUUAUGAAGGCGCAUUCAUAGAAAUAUGGCAGAGAUGGAAACUGACACAAAGAUACAGUUAAUUCCUCGAUGUCUAUUUAAUUAAAACUAAGAUAAAAGCAUAUAAUGAGAAGGAUGGAUAUACCAGUUCCACCACUGGGAACAGCAUUUCAACAGUAUGUCAGCUUCGUGUUUUUGUGACUUUACUAUUUUUGAUUAAAAUCAUCCAAAGUUUCUCUCUCAUGAUUUGGAUUUAGUAUUUAUCCCUAUUCUUUGUACCAGUUAUCAUUCUGUGUCUUCUAUAAAUAACAUAUACUAUAUUUUUAUCCAUGGCAUGCUCAAGGAGAUAAUCUUACGAAGCUCAUGACUCGUUCUUGCUCUUUUUACAUAUUCCUAAUCAUCAAAAAAUAAUUUUUCAGUGCACCUUUCUUCUCUAACAAACCAAAUUCUCUCUAUGCUUCCAUAUUGUAUCAUUUCAUCAUCAAUAAUAGCCAUGUAUGAUUUUAUUUUGGGAUUUUGACAUAUUUUGCCUUGAAUACCAAGAUAUUCCCUCUUUUCAGAAUUAAUACAACUAAAUCCUAUAAUCUGGUUUAAUUGGACCCUUAGGUUAUGAUUCCAUCAAGCAUAAAAUAGUAAAUACCUCAUGUACAAGUUGAGGCUUUCAAGGAGCAAGUUGCAACUUCAUGUAUUCUUCCUCCUCACCUCUCUGUUGACCUGAUCCGGCACUGCUCGUUCCCCCCUACCCCUAAUUGUGCUGCUGGGUAAGAAAGCAAUGCGAACCUUCACUAGCCCUCUUCAAAAAGAGAUAUGGUUGGAAUUAGACCUUGCUCCUCAAGGUUCUGCUGUUGCAUACUUAACAGAAGAAUAGAUCAGCAGAUGCGAGAAGAAAUAGCUGGUUGUUUAAGAAAAUCUUUGGAAUAGAUGAGUUGAGAAUAAUCAAUUAUUCUUGACGAACAAAUUGAUGUCAUUUUGUUAAGCUUUCCCAUCCAUGUAUUCCAACCUUGGGAUAUGUGAAUUAUACCUCUGUUAUACUUUCAUUUACUUUGUUUGGGGCCACUUUUUUUUUUUUGUCUCCUCGUGUUCUGGUGCUUCUUUGGGAUAUCCUAAUUAACUGGUAAUACCAUAUGGGAAACAAGAAUUAGCAACAUUGCACUAUUAGCAUAUUAUGCACUGGUGCUAUUUAACUAACAUAAUAGAUUGCAUGUUUUGUCGAGUGCUCGGUGCUAACUAAACCAAAUUACAUUAGAUAUGUUAAUCAAAAUCUAUUAUGAAUACUGGUAUGUACUUUGACAGCAAGCACAACCGGCAUGCAAUGAUAUAGUGUGUGUUUUUUUUCCUUUUCUUUUUA